GUUCUCUCUUUCUUCGUCUACUUCUCCUCCUUCCUUCGCACACACAAAACCACACAGUUGUUGGGUGAAUCGUUGGCGGUUCUUUAACAAAAGGUUGUAAAUUUUCUAAGAAUGGCAGGAAAAGAAGAGUGGAGGAAGAACGCUGACACGCAUAAGAUGAGCCCGGAGGAGGUGAAAUGGGCUGGUGUGGAGGCCUCCAAGCGGCCGCCGGGCCACAACCCCGGCGGCAUCCUCCACCAGAGGCGGAGCCUGCCCUAUGGCCCGUAUACUGUGACCCUUGUCGGGGUUGCCCUUGUGGGCACCAUGUGGUACUUUACGUUGUACGCCAAGAAAAAGCCGGAGGCCAGUGCCGUCGAUGUGGCUAAGGUCUCGGUCGGUGCUGCAAAUCCCGAGGAAACCCGCCCCCGGAAAUAGAACACUCAGUUCUUAUUUUACUAAUUGAUAGGUUUUGCUCUGUCUUGUCUUGUGAAAGAUUCAAUCAUGUUGUUUAAUUUGCUUUCUUAUGGAGCAAAAAGACCAUUUUCAUUAUCACA